AUGCCGCAGCCGCCGCCAUUGAAAAUUUCCAAAAUCGGCCAUCAUGCCCAUAAGGCAGCCCCCACAGCGCAGGACAAGACUGAUACCAAGGAGGACCAAACUGCGAUCGCAACAACAAUGAUGCAGCCGCCCCGCGUUUCCGCGAGCACUGACACUCCAGUACCCAUGUCGAUGCUCGUUACCAUGACCGCCAUCGUGCAACCCUCUGUACCUCAACAGAUCGACAGCACAAUCCCCCAUGAUGCUCGAAUGACCCCUUGUCCCGUGUCAGCAAUUCGUAGGAUCUCUGGAGCAUACGAGGCUCUGGGACAGGACGAUAUCCCGCUAGCAGAGAUGCUUGCCAGGAUCCAAGGACUCACAAAGGAACAACAAGUACAGACACUUGUGAUGCUGUCCAAGUACAUUGGCUUUCAAGAGGAGCCACUGAAACAAGGCCAGACAAGCAUCUCAGGCCUGACGAGUCCCGCCCCACAGACGAAUACCGACAUUCGAGCUAACCACCAGACCUCUGGCAGAACCGAGCCGCACACCGAUGGCAUAGCGAAGUGUAACAGAAGCAUUGAACGCGCUCUCGAGGAGCCUCAGUUGCAACACCCCCUGCACCUAACGCUGCACAAUGAAUUCAUCCCUGAUGACCAGCUACCUCUCGAGCCUGCUACUCCUCUGCAGCAGACCAGACCGGCGCAGGAACCCGGGGAAUACCAGACCGACGAGGAAAUCUCUCCGAGGACCUCCUCUCCCCUCUCUCAAUCCGACGACCCCUUCCUCCCCUCCUCCCCCACUGAGGACUGUGUGCAAAGGGACCCCCGCCGUCUCAUACCUCACCAGCUGAAGGUCCAACUCGAGAGUGCCCCGGCACUCCCUGACACCCAGACACCCAACAUCGCGCCUGCUCCAAACAUUCCACCCGCGGAGCCGAGAAGGAAAGGCUUGCAUGCCACGACAAUGAAAGUGGACACACCGCACCCGUGCACAGGACGUUUUCUAAAUGCACCGAAGGACUCAUCCCACACGCAUAUCAUUGCCCAGAUCGCGGCAGCUAACCAGCAGCCAACGCAACCAGAGGAUGAAGUGGACCCUCAACCGGUGGCUACAGCAGUUCCAAAUGCUCCGGCUCUGACUCUCACGCCGACGCCUGCGGAGGGCUUCCCUGACAUCUACGGGCACCAGCCAUACUUCUUCAUCGACAACCUGGCACGCGACCUGAUGGAUGCCUGGGGCAAGCAUGACAUGGCCCGCGUUGCUAUCAUGCCGCUAGGAUCAAAACACGCACACCAGAUCCCCAAAGUCAUGAUGAACCACCCGCACCUGCUCUACGACUCUAAGCUCAUCAACGAUGCCCUCUACUCCUUCGUCGCCUUCAACAUAACGAAGUCCCAGAAGAGAGACAUCAUCGUGCAGUAUUGCUACCUGACUCCUGAGGUCUCCUUCGUUGCAAUGGACUUCGUCUGGGAGGUGCCGCAGUAUGUAUGCACCUUUGCAGGCUUCACCAACCACUCCUUCCAGGACAUCCCGAAGCUCAUCCUCGACCGCCUCGUCAACCCGCAGAGCAUCCAACAGCUCCUUGGCAUAGUCGGAUAUGAUGCCCGAGGUCAAAAGCAGACCGAUGACACCCUCCGCUCAAUCCAGAUCCGUACAGUAGACAUUUGCGAUGACAUCGGUGUAAUCUCACAGGCCUAUAACGUGUACAUUGACAUACCGCCGAUCAACCUCGAGCAAUGGAACACAUGGCACAGCUUUGUUACCAGCCUCACCUUCAACACCCAGUGGCAAGGUACUGGCCGUGCACUCCCUCCUCGCCGUUGCUCCUACUGUCAUGCCGCUGACCACAUUGUCGACAUGUGCCCCUUCCCUACCCUCCCCGGAUGGUGCGCGAACAGGGCGGCACGCAACAUCGGCCGGCAUGCAGCAGUUAUCGUGGUCUCUCUCGAGGGCGCGGAUAUGAUAACUGCCCGCGCGGAUGGGGAAUGGGGCGCGCCUAAAUCUCUGACGACGCUCUAA